AUGCUUGUAAAGUAUCCACUUUCUCCUAAACAGCUUGUAAGAUUUUACUCGACGGGCGACAUUGACGACAAGGACUCAACAAGGGCUGAAAGGCAACAUGAUUCAACAAAGAAGCACAGUAAAGCUUUGGCAUUGGCAGACUUUUAUCGAGUACUUUCUACACAAAACAUUGAACGGAUUUGGCCCCUGUAUACUUACCUUUAUGACAACAAUCUACUUCACAUUCUGACAAGUCAGAAUUAUUAUCAAUUAUUUACUUACACCGUACGCGCAACUCCAACUUUGACAAAUUACUAUCGAUUGUUAGCGCUUGUUGAUGACAUGAAAGAGUUGAGCAUACCUCUCCGAUUGAUAGAUUAUAAUGCAUUGAUCAGCUGGGUAGGUGGGCGUCCUCUAAAAACAGUCAAAUCUCAUCACUUGAAUGAGGCACUCGCAGUGUUUGAAGAGAUGCAGAAAGCAGAGAUUACGAAUGCAAAGGGUGAAGUGAUUCGAAAGGAAGCCAUUCAGCCAAGUGUAGAUACGUUUAAUGCCUUGAUCGGCAUUGCGAGUCGAAUACCAGAUCUCCGUACAGCACAGAAACUGUAUCACGACAUGCUAGCGCGAGGGUUGAUCCCUGACAAAUAUACAUACUCUAUUCUAUUUAACCUGGUCGGUAAUGUAGGAGACAUUGGGGGCAUAGAUGACAUAAAGCGCGAUAUGCUUCAGAAUCUAUCGAGAGACGACCUGAGAAAUGUGAAGCUAUGGAAUUCGCUGUUGACAGCGUAUGCUCGAAAUGGACAAAGGAAUAAAGUACACGAAAUACUGGAGCAUAUGAAAGCACCGAAUAAUAGACCAUCACGAAAUAAACCGCUUGGAGUAAGAAAAACCAAAAAGUGGGAAAGAGGGAUACCAUCACCAGAUGCGGAUAGCUAUCGGAUAUAUAUCCAGAUGAUGAUCGAUUAUGGCGAGCCAAAAGAAUCCAUCUUUGACAAAUUUCUUGAAAUGAGAAGACGAUGUAUUUCUCCUAUCAUACAACUGUACAAUGUCAUGUUUAAAUCAUUCAUGAAACCAGUAGAGCAUUUUCCAGAUGUAGACACACUUCAACAACGACCAAAUGAACUCGAACUAUUAAAGAAACUUUAUGCUUUACUUUUAAAAGACCUUACAAAAAUAGAACCCAAUUCAGACACACUAUAUACCCUUGUAUCUGCUUUUCUUGACUUAGAGGAUACCAAAACCGCAUUGGAAGCCUUUGUAUUCUUGAGCAAUCACAACACCCGUAAUAUCCCUACAACCGAAAAAAGUAUACAACAUAAUGCAGUGGCGCUGCUAGCGGAAGAACGGCAUAAGGCGCCAAACCAAACUAAAAUAGAACCUCCAAAAGAAUUGCUGGAUAGACUUAGGGCUAUUGUCGCUGAAAAUAGCACAUUGUAA